AUGGAGUGCCAGCAACCAGUAACACCACGUGUUGGCCUGUGUCUCUGGGCAAGGAUCCUCUUGCAUGUGUUUGUAAUGUCAAGUCUGCUGGGAAGAGCAGAAGAGCUGUUGUGCUGAGCCCCCAGUAACAGCUCUGCUCUGUCUCUCUUUGAUUUGCAGAACAAUCAAGUUCUUGGGAUCGGAAGUGGUUCUACGAUUGUCCAUGCGGUGCAUCGAUUAGCUGAGCGGGUUAAACAGGAGAACCUGACAAUUGUCUGCAUCCCUACAUCUUUUCAGGCCCGCCAGCUGAUCCUGCAGAACGGCUUAACGCUAAGUGACUUGGACCGGCAUCCCGAGCUCGAUGUAGCCAUUGAUGGAGCGGAUGAAGUGGACUCUGACCUCAACCUUAUCAAAGGUGGCGGGGGUUGCCUGACGCAGGAGAAGAUCGUUGCAGGAUAUGCAAAAUGCUUCAUCGUUAUUGCUGAUUACAGGAAGAAAUCGAGGAGCCUGGGGGAGCAGUGGAAGAAGGGAAUUCCUAUCGAAGUCAUCCCCAUGGCUUAUGUCCCUGUCAGCAGAGCCCUGACCAAGAACUUCGGAGGCGCGGUGGAGCUGCGGAUGGCGGUCAGCAAAGCAGGCCCCGUGGUGACAGACAAUGGGAACUUCAUCCUGGACUGGAAGUUUGACAGGGUUCAUGAAUGGAAUGAAGUGAACACAGCUAUAAAAAUGAUACCAGGUGUGGUGGAGACGGGGCUCUUCAUCAACAUGGCAGAGGUGGUCUACUUUGGCAUGGAGGACGGCUCGGUCAGCGUGAGGGAGAAGCAGCCUCACUGAUGCUGCCCUGCUCUGCUUCUCCUUUGGCCACUUGGAGUCAGAUGUUGUAAUGGUGCCAACCCGACGUUUUGCCUUAACGAGCAGCGGUUCCCGCGGGAGAGCGACGGGCAGCUGAUCAGAAUCUGCUGACAUUGAUACUGAAUGUCUUUUUUUUAAAAGAAAAAACACAACAAACCAACAAGAUUAUAUUCUAUUUCUAUAUAUAUAUAUAUAUUUUUACUUUCCAGGAAUGUUGUAUUUUUCUUUAA